CUUUAUUUUAGUGGAAAUAUUUUGAGAUAAUCUGACCAUAUCCUUUGCCAUACUCAUAAGUUUGCUCAAAUCCUGGAAAGCCACUGUCAAACUUUCAUCGGUAGCUUUUUGUUUCUCUUGCAAGCCCCUUUCAAUUCCUACUAUUCCUGUUCUUAACUUGAUUUGUGGCUGCUGAUUAAUAGGAGGGUUUUCUUGUAUGGGUGCUCGAACAUUACUCUCCCAAUAUCUCAUUUGCAAGCAUUUAUUUAAUGUACCAACAACAUCGGUACUGUAACCCUCCCUAAAGGAGAGCUUAAUAAAAUUAUAUUGGCUAUAAGGCGACGGUUUAUCAGCAUUAGGAUCGUUAUGCUCAGCCAAAUGCAACAAAAUCUUGCGCGAGCGCCUAAAAAAAGCCCCAGGGGACUCUUCCUCAAUAUAAACGAUUAAAUGGUUCGAAAGUCCCAGGCAAGUCUGUCCUUUCGCUAUAGCUCCUGGUCGUCCCCACAAAAUCCUAUGGGUGGUUAUUAUGAGUUCUCCACCUUCAAAUUGGGUUUUCACUUCCCCAUCAUAUAAGCGAACAUUGUUUUCGCAUGUGAGAGUGCUUUCGUUGUCCAUUAAAAUCGGGGUCACAUAACUAAAUCUAUUCAUUUUGUAUUUAGGUAAGUGUAUAUUGUAUAUUAGAUUAUUGAUUAUAACGGAAUAAAUUUAAAAAAAUAUAUUAUACACUUUUGGAUGGUAUACAUGACAAGCACACACACCCACAAACCUACCACUACAGUCCUAUGACUAUGACUAUGACUUGAUCAUAAGCCCUUCAACUUGGGACGCCUGUUCCUAAGAGGAGUUAACUCUAUUAGCAGGCAGGACAAAUUUGUUAAGCUUUUGCAUUUAUUUGCACUUUGUUUUUUGUUGAUGUUAAUUAUGGAGAAGUCAACACGAUCACACAUCACAUCAACAACAAAAUAUAGACAUAUAGACAAGACAAGUGUCAAGUCAGGGUGACGAUUUGUUUUUAAAGUUUUUAGGUUAGGAACGAUGAUUCAGUUUGUUCGUCUGUUCACACUUCACAGUUGGCACAGAAAUUUCAAAUCAAUCAGAGCAAAUUUCAUUGGUUGAAAAUAGUCACAAAACUAGUUUCAACCAAUGAAAUUCACUCUGACUGGUUUGUGAUUGUUGUAUGAACAGACCUAAGUAAAAACAAGUUUGUGUCAAAUUACAACGUUCUAUAAUACAGAACUCUCAGUCCAGUUCUUGGUGCACCAUUCCAAGUAUGGCUUUUCAAUCGCCAAUGCCUAGCAGGGAUUUUUUAUGGGACGUGUUCAAAAGAGUUGAUAAAGAUAGAAGCGGCUACAUAAGUGCUGACGAGUUGCAAAUAGCCCUUUCAAACGGUACAUGGAGCCCCUUUAAUCCAGAGACAGUUAGGUUAAUGAUUGGUAUGUUUGAUCGUCACCAAAAAGGCCAAAUUAGUUUUGAAGAUUUCGGAGCCCUAUGGAAGUACGUAACAGACUGGCAAAAUUGCUUCAGGUCGUUUGACAGAGAUCAUUCAGGAAACAUAGACAGAGAGGAACUCAAAACGGCCCUAACAUCGUUUGGCUAUAGAUUGUCUGAUAAUUUAAUUAACACAAUGGUCAGGAAAUUUGAUAGACAUGGAAACGGGACCAUAUUGUUCGAUGAUUUUAUUCAAGCCUGCAUUAACUUACAUACUCUUACCUCGGCAUUCAGGAAAUAUGAUACUGACCAGGAUGGUUACAUCACAAUUCAUUAUGAACAGUUUUUAAAUAUGGUCUUCGAUUUGAAAAUGUAAACCAGAGAAAGUUAAAUUAUGUCAAAUAUGAUGUCUACCUCUAUCUAUGCCAAAAUAUUCUAAAUUCUUUUCAUUUAUAUAUUUCUAUAAUGAUAAUGGAAAGACACUUGUUGUGCCUAGUUUAAUAUUUUUUUAUAAUACAGGGUGGAUUUUUGAAUGUGCUCAACAUUCCAAGUUUAAAAAUUCAAGUUCUUGAGCUUCAAUUUUAAAUUUGAAAUGUGAUGUUUCAGGUCACUAUUCCAUGGCCACAGAAUCCAUUCCAUAGAGUUAGACAAUUAUGGUCCGGCUUUCUCAAUCUAAUUGUUGUAUUGUAUCUAGAACUUCUUCACUUAUGCAUUAUGCUCUAUCAGAUAUUGGAGCUAAAGUUGAGUUGGGGAAUACUAACCAUGUUUUUAUUAUUCUAUUUGUUAACGAAUAUUUUGCUUUUAUCUUGUAUGAUAUGCUGUUUUACUAUGUUUAACGAUUUUUGCAAUUUUUGGGCUCAAAAAAUUUCAAUAAUCUGACAUUGUCUCACAAAAUCGCUUAUUACUGAGUUAAUAUUGCACAAAAUAUGAUGCAUAAUUAUAUAUUCUGAAUCAAAAUUAAAUUAUCUUUGAGAUAAAAUGAGUUUCAAUUCGCUAUCUUAAAUACUUUUGAAGAUAUUGAGGCUCAAAGUUGAAUCUUUGUCCCAAAUUUCGCAAAAACUCCAAAGCCGUUUCUCUUAAAAGAGAAGCCCUUGGGCUCGGAGUCUUAGAGAACCUUUUUUAUAACCCUUAUCAAGAGCUACAAUUGGGUAAAAGAUUCUUGCCGAUAACUUCACUGGUUCUCGAAAUAUGGCCUUUUGAAAUUCAAAUUUUGUUUUUGGAAAAUUCCAAUUUUUUUUUCAAAUUUUUGACUUCACUAAUCAAAAGAGGAGGUCAAAAUUAGUGGAAAAGUGUUUUUUCGAUGUUUAAGGGCUUGUAAAAAAUUAGAAAUUGAUUGCACAAUUUUGGACAUUGUCUCAACAAAAUCGCCUAUUACUUUGUUAAUAUUUCACUUGAAAAUAAAAGAAACAUGUUUCAACAUUUUAUCAAAAACCCAGCGUUUUUAUGAAAGACUUGCCCUCUCUAUUUCUAUUCUGUUCACAAUCCGAUGUCCACAGGUGCAGGUACAUUUAUCACCUUUCCCCAGGGCCGGUCCAAUAGGUAUUUUAUGCUGAGGCAAAGUUCAAUUCUGGCGCCCCCCUUCUCAAAUUGAUUUGUCAAAAUGGUUAAAGAUCAAUAUGAUAAACAAUGAAUUUUAGGCUAUCGCUUAGAGAGUAAGACAAAAAAGUAACUUUAUUUUUUUCAGAAGCGUAUAUCAUACGUUUACUUAUUACAUGAGGUCUGUUCUCACAGAAAUCACAAACCAGUCGGAGUAUUUUUGAUUGGUGCAAAUCGCCAGAAACUAGUUUUCUGAUAGUUUAUAACCAAUGAAAUUUGCUCUGAUAGGUAUGUGAUGUCUGUGAGAACAGAUCUAUAUUGUAGAUAUAAAAAAAUAGAUAUAUAGGGUGUCCGGAAAAUACCGUAAAAGCUUUCCACUACGUAGUAGGGGACCCUUCAAGGAACCCCAGAAAAAUAAUUUAAAAAAUCUGGUGGCAUUCUUAAGAAAGUUAUUAGCAUUUUAAUGUUUAUUAAAAUCGGCAACACUGAAAAUAUCCCGUUGACAAUUUGUCACAGAAUUAAAUUAAAUACCUAUGUUAUUACCUGGAAAAUUCGAAGGUGACUGAAAAAUGUCGUCAGAUCAAUUUUUCCUGUUGUAAUUUAGAGAUUUUGCAAUUUUCAUAAUGCGUUUUAAAGGUUAACAACAAUUAUUUUAAAACUAAUAUGUAAUGAAUCAACAAAAGACGCCUAAUAACCCUUUGUACAAAAUAUUGCAAUUUGAAAGAAAAAUCAAAAAUAAGGAAGUGUAAUUUCCACAUUUACCUCUCCAUAUUUCCAAGAAUGGUCGAGAAGAACUUUUUAAAUUAUUUUUCCAGGGUUACUCAAAGGAUCCCCUACUAUGUAGUGGAGAGCUUUUACGAUAUUUUCCGGACACCCGUGUAUACCUAAUAUGUAUUUUUCAAAUUAACUGAACACAAAAUUAGUUUUUCAAAACUAUUAAAUUAUCAACACUAAAAAUGAACCAGUCUGACUUAACAUCUUGCAAAGUCAGAGAUGAGUUCGUUGAUAGGUUUAUUCUCACAGAAAUCACAAACCAGUCAGAGGGAAUUUCAUUGGUUGAAAAUAGUCAUAAAACUGGUUGUUGGAGAUUUGCGCCAAUCAAAAACGCUCCGGCUGGUUUGUAAUUCCUGUGAGAACAGACCUACUAUAAUCUACACCAGGGAUGCGCAUCUACGCGUAAAUAAAGGUUGUCUACGUUCUGGUGUAAACAACGCGUAGACAAUGUAAACUAUGUAAUCUAUGUAGACAACUUGUAAAAUAUGUAGACAAUGCGUAAAGUAUACAAUUUUUGACAGUUGACAGCCCUUAACGUUAUGUUUCUGUUUUUGCUUUGUUUUUUGUUUUUUAAAGUUAAUUGAACUGCAGAUAAUGACUAAUUGAAUACAAUAUAAAUUUAAUGCAAUGCAAAAUUUCAAAAAAAAUAACUCAAAUUUCAAAUUUUCCGUUGUUUUCACUAUAGUCUACAUUGUCUACAUAGUUUACAUAGUCUACAUGGAAAAAAGUGGAUGUAAACAAUACGUAGAUAACGAGUAGACAAACCAAGUAAAGUAGAUUUCAUAGUCUACGGCACAUCCCUGAUCUACACUAUCUAACAUGGUAUAACCCUCGGGAUCGAGUGUGUUCAAUGGUCGAAGGUUAUAACAUUUUCAAUUCUCAGAGCGAAAGUCCAUUCAAUCUGUUUUGAGACAAAGAGGAUCGAAAGUGUCUUGAUGAGCGGUGACAGGUGAGAGUGGUGAUUCGUAAAUUAACUAUUACCGGACAAUGUUGUUGGAUCUUUUAUUAUCUCCCUAUCAUCCUUGUGAUAUAGAACAUUUUUUUAAAAUUUAACUUGUUCGCUCGAAAUAAAUUUGUUGUCAAUUUGGCGCCCUAGGCGGUUGCCUUGGUUGCCUGUGCCUAAAUCCGGCCCUGCCUUUCCCUAUCAAAUAGCAUUGAAGGGUAAUACAUUUUACCCUUACCAGUGGACAUCGGAUUGUGAACGAAUAAUAUGUAGUGUUACUCUGAGACCAUGACAUUGAUAAUAAGUAGGCACCUAUCCAUAACAAGAUGCUUUAUAAAAAUGAACGACUACAAAUUAAAACAACAACCAAAUUUAUAUUUCCUAAAAAUCCCAGGUACAGAGGGCCAAAUUUGAAAAAUGAUUGACAUCUAAAUUCUCUACAUCUUCUGAAAAAAAAAUUGCUCAAUAAUUUUAUUUAAAAAAAAAAUCAAGUGCUUACCUCUAUUAAAUGCUACUUUGUCGCUUAGAGGCAAUGCAGGCUUAAGUAACUCAUUUAACGAUAAUGUUCUUUUCUUAAUACUUUUAAACAAAGAAUGGUUAAGUAACUUUCCAGCCUUUGGCCUGUGAUUAGGGUUUCUACUCAAACACAACCCGGUUACUUCAUGUAAAUCCUUACUAAAACGUCUAUUUACUAUAAUAGGACUUAUAACACAG